AAAAAAUUGGCCGAUUGUUUUUCUGUCAAGCUGGCGAGAUUUUUUUUUGGUUCUAGUGUGAACGGUGUACUAUGGUUAGGCUUUUCUGUCAGUAGGUUCGUUGCACGCUGGUAGGAAAUGUCCUGCUAUUUUUCUCUUUUGCUGUCACUGAACUUUUUAGAGGUCAAUCAGAUUUAAAAAGUGUUCCGUUUUUAAAUACGGACGGGAUCUAAUUUUUAAUUCCAGUGCUGAAAAAAAUCCGUUUUGAUAUUUAUGGUUUUUUCAUUGGAUCUUUUUUUCAUAGAAUGCAGAAAAAUACCAAUGUAUAUAUACCGAAAAAAAAUUUACCGGCGGUCAUUUUGUGAGGAAAAAAUUCAUAAUACUGCUUGUUUUAUUUAUUUAUCUAGUCUGUAAGACUAAGUAAUUUUUUUGUCCUGCCAGAUAAUUUUAUUCACGCACUUUUAUUCAGUCAAUGACCUGUACACGGAAUUACAUAAUACAAUAUUAGUUCUUACGCAAUAGGCGACGUAAUUUACUCAGUCUCAGCCUGCAAGUCAGACUACAAUACAUUUGCUGCGUCACUUAGCACGUUUUACUAUUUUAUCAAUAAUUCGAAAUAAACAAACGUGCGUAAAAAAUCGAGUUUUUAAUGAGUUAUCUGACUUAUUUUAGAAACAACACGUUUUAUGUCAUUUUUCAGAUUAAAAGUUUUUUGGCCUUUAAUUUUCUGUGCUGAGUGACUCAUUUUUUGUUUUUCAAAAACUUGUCAUCGCAAAUAAAACUUCAGUCAAUAAAGCAAGUUAUAUUUUUAAUGACUGUUCUUCAAUUUUGUUUUUACUGCUGUUCCAAAAGUUUGUUAACCUCAUUCUGUACGCCUAUUCAUCUUCGAUUAAGUUUCGGCUCUGUUCGCCAAAAUUCACUAGAAGUAAAAUUAUGAUCUCUAAGACACCAUAAAUUCAGGGACGAAACCAAAUCAACUCAACUCUGCGUCCAAGCUUGAACGACCUUGAGUUGUCAAAAAUUCCUCUGGAACCAAUUGACUUUUGCGCAACCGGCCUUUGCCUAACCAACUUUUCUUCAACAUAUUAGCAGAUUUGACCUUGAUUUCUGGUUUUCGAAGAAGUGAACAUGAAAAUUGAAUGAAGGCCAGCUGUCAACAUGACCUUGAAUAUUUAAACCAUCAGAGAAUCAGCGCCCUUAUUCCCACUUACAUUGAAGUUGGACUAUCAAUUAGAGGCAUUGCUUUGAAUUUUAACAUCUAGAGGAGAUUGAUUCACUUGAAAUGGAAGAGCAAAUUCGUCAAUCUAACCGGGAAUUGAUUGCCCUGAGUCGUUUGCCAGCCGCUUUACCCGGUGGUGAAAACCCGAGCCAGAGUCCUUAUGAUGAAACCGGGUUUCUGAAUAAAGAGACACAAGAGCUUCUUAGGCGAUUUGCAGCUACCCAGGAAAGACAGCACUCGCUUGGACUGUCACUGACCGGACCUCCGAAUCACAUGUCGCCCGUAUCCAGUUAUGGACCCCUAUCAAGUCCAAGAAAUUUUAACUCCCAUUUCUCAUCUAAUGGAAUAAGCCCGAGCAGAUCAGAGAACGGACGCAUUCUGGAGCACGAACAGUUAAACUCAUUGGGAACGAAUGUAAGAAGAAACCUUCAAAUGAUAUCGCCGACCGAAAUUAACCAAUUGUCGCCAGGCGCUGGAGCUUCUACUAUAUCCUUUGGAAACCCUGGUAAGACUCCAUCAAGUUAUAUGAAUUCCCAACAGCAAGUAGCUCAGCUUUCGAAUGACCUCGCAAUGAACUCUUUACUUCGGGCUGCAGAAGAAGCCAAUAGCGAAAUGAGCAAUGCCGCCAUGAACUCAGUUCUACAAGAAACAUUUCUUAGAUCUUUGAACGGAGUACGAGUCCAGCCCGGGACUCCUAGAGGUUCUAUCGAUGCUACUCAAGCAUUGACAACUACUUUGCAGACUCAGUAUUUGAAUCAACUUUUGCUUCCUCACAUUUUGGCCGCACAAGCACAGGCCAUGUCUAAUGCAGCUCAUCCUUCGCCGUAUAACGCUAACAUACCUCCAAUGCCUGCUUUAUUGUCCUCAGCCAAUCAUGUAGCUCCAAGCAACAUCUCACCUGUUGGGGCGAACGUAUCUUCUUCAAGCUCCAACUUAAAAAAUCCGAGCCCAGCUCUAGCGCUUUUAGCCCAACAGAACCCGUUACUGUUGCAAAGUCUGACAGCGAAUAGCCACCAGCACGGUCCAACAGUUAGUCGUUCAUCAACACUUAACGUUGUCAAUAUUUCGCCGACUAGUGGUGCCGAUUACAAUCGAGAUACAAUUUUGCUAGACUUAACGUCUCACAAAAGAUCGGUUAUUACCCCUACGGCUUCUAAAAACCUAAGCGAAGCGCCAACUAUAAUAGUUAAUCCAAAAGCUGAAGUAAGAGUCCAGCAUAUGGAUGGAUCUCUUCGUGAAAUGCGACGUUCCUCCGAUCCUGUUUUGAGUGGAAUUGAAUCUGUUAAUGCCGACCCGAACUUAGAGUCUGAGAAGUUCUCGCGGAUGCACCAAGGACUACUAGUCCCCGCAGUAACUGUAUCGCCAAACAAUCACGAAGCGAAUCGACACGAAUCGCUGCAGAAAUCCGAAGCCGAGGUGCCGAAAAACGAGAAGGACACCUUAGUCGCGAUAAUUCAAAAGAAUAUCAUGGGCCAGUUGCAUAACCCGCGUAGGGAUUCGGUUAUUACCAACGGUAGUAACCAGAAAAUCAAUAACUUGGUUAUAAAUGAUGCGAGGGUCAACGAAAACCCAGACUCGUUUCCAGGAAAUUCAGGUCGGCAAAGUGGAAGCAUAAAUGUUUUAGAUAGUUUGUUUAAAAGUAGCCCAGCUAAUAUCGCAAAUGCAAAAUCACAAGUUAGAAAGCGUAAGCAUCGAGCUCGAGAAACGGUCACCGCUUCGGAGAUUUUUAACGACGAGUCAUCCCGAAGUGGGAGCAGCUCGCCUUCCGUUCAUCCGGGAUACCAGUCGCCGGCGCUUAUGAGAAAUGAGAACACCUUGAUCUCGGCUCUCGCUUCUGACAACGGGGACAAAGUGUCGGCUAUUUUGCAGAACGGAAGUGUAAAUGUGCAAAGACAAGGUUCGUCCCCCCAACCGAAUGGGACUGGGGGUGUGAAUGGAGUGUCGAAACACGUGAAUUUCAAGAAGAAUUGGGCGGUGCAAUAUCAGAGACAGGAAACUGCACCCGACGUGAACAGCAAUCAGGGAUUCGUGAACAAUGAAAAUUCAACGAAUGAAAUCAAGAAACCGAAAACCAACUCAUCACUUUCUGGAGGAGGUCAACCCCAGGGGUCAAAUGGGUUCGUGUCUGUAUCAACCCCACAUCAGCACGUGACUAAUGGUGUGAACAUCAUUGGGGCGAAAACUGGGGCUCGGAGGGGCAGUCGGGAGACGAUAGCUGUGAGCGAGAUAUUCACCAGAGAAGGUACACCACAGGGGGGAGGGGGAGGGGGAGCGUCUCCUUUCAAUGCUUACCAGAGGGUCCCCAUUCAGCAGAGCAACUCGCCUGAUUCGUCUAGUGGUUACAGCAAAACCUUAGACGUUGUCGGCGCCUAUCUCCAAUCCGACACGUGCUGCGUGGUAGCUCCGAAGCCGAACUUGAUGUGUCGCGAUUGUCGUGCCCGCGGUACAAGUACCACAGGCUCGAACACUCAGUCGGCUCUGAAAAACACUGCGCGAUGCAAUAGCACCGGGAAAACUUCGUGUCGUUUCUCGUGUUUCCGAAAGUUGAAAAACUCUAAAAACAAGUACCCUUCAGUCGUGGGAUUUCUUCAAGCCGAGGUUGACGCUAAAGACGAAGAUUUAUUCAUGUGGAAGGUUUUAGAAACCAACUUCGAAGCUUUGAAUUUUGCCGCCCAGGGCGUUUCCCAGUACUCGGAGUUCCAAGAAUACCGGAAGGUGGCUUCAAGACCAGACAAGGCUAUUUUUAGAAUCGAGCAAGUUGCAAACUUUUUGUGCGCCAUCAUUCAUCAAGAACAACUUGUGCACAAUUCAUACCGAGAACCAGUAUACUGGAAGCGAUUUAUGGGCGGGUGUCGUGAAUUGUGUGACGUCUGUUCCACCUCUCUUUUCAACCUACACUGGCUCUGUCCCAAGUGUGGCUUCGUCGUCUGUCUGGACUGCUAUGAUUGCUACCAGGAGUCCAAACUGGAACUGGGAGUCCUAGGCACUGCAGAGACCCAACAGGACAAACAGGGAAGAGUAUGGCUCAAGUGCACCAAGGUGCCCCAUGGGAGGGAGUGUCUGAAGUUGACCCACUUCAUCCCCACGAAGUGUCUGCAGAGUCUUCUCUCUGAUCUCCAUCUGCAGUGCAAACGGUGGACCAUCUACCACCAGUGCCAGCUACUUCAAAACGUGGACAAUGACCAGUUCCCGACUCUGAACUGUCUCAUUGACCGGAAGAACUGCGGACUCGCAUUCCAAUCAGUCUGCUCCUCAAAGGUCCCCUCACCUAUCUGUGGUGUGACCUCAACAUCAUCCCCAUCCCCACCAGUCGCUCCACGAUGCUCUCGUGAAUCGUCAUCAACUGACACAAUUACGCCGACAACAAUAAACGAAGCCGCAUCCCUAGUUUCCGACAAUGAAAGUAGCCGAGAAGACGUUAUCAAGGGUUGUCUGUUGGAAACAAACGGCAAAAUUUCAUCGUCUGGUGAAAAUAAAUCUGAGAAUAUAGUUAUUGACCCGAAAUCAGAAGAAAUGGAUUUUCAACUUAAUGUCGAAUAUCGCGAUCAAAGUAAAAACGAGCAUCAAAAUAUGGAAUCAAUGGAAUCAAAAAUCACAAAUGGAGCUAUCAAAACAGAAAAUGAUUCGAGAUCUCCAGAAAAAUUGAACGAAGUUCUGAAUAAAGGAACCGAAUUCGAGUUUGAAGCGAACUUAAAACGAAGGCGGUCACUGAACUCGUUCAUCGAUAAGUUAGUCGAAUCAAGCAUGAACAACCCUAUAGUCGAUGCGAAGAUUUCACGCGAAGAUUAUCUCAAGUUACUCAAACUUUCAACGGUAAUGGAGACAAAAGUUCCGAGAAAUUGGGAGUUGGGGUUGAAAGAACCCGGGAACAAAUUGAAAGCUUGUGAGCAGCCAUCGACAACUCAGAAAGUGCAGUCGGAUUACGUAAUCGCAUUGCGUGAUAAAUGUAGGAAUGUUGGGGGGAAUGGGAAUAACAGCUCGUUGAUGCAGUUCGAGGCUAGUCAGAUUGGUCACAUCGAAAAUGCCCAGUUUUCAGUCGAGUGGAGAUUGAACAGACCCGUGAUAGUGAGAAGUUGCGGGGCCGACAAAGCGCAACUGCAGAACUUCUUCACCCCCGAGUUCUUCUCCAAGUCGUUCGGAAGUUGGAAAGUGGAUCUCGUGGACUGCAGAACGGGUAGAGUGCACCCGAUGAUGUCGAUGGAGAAGUUCCUCCAGGGCUUCGUCGACUACUCGGCCAGACGACAACACUUCGGCCAGCUGUCCAACGGGUGUGAGGUGCAGACGGUGCUGAAACUGAAGGACUGGCCACCCGGAAACGACUUUGCAGAAAUCAUGCCUAAAGAAAGUCAUCAGCUGCUCAUGGACAUUAUUCCGCUUCCCGAUUACACCAUGCGAGCGGGGGGCUACCAGAGUAGUUCCAAUGGGUCGACGGGUGGGGGAGUGGGCGGAGCUCUUAAUCUGGCCUCCAGUCUGCCCUCAUUAUGUUGUGCACCUGACAUGGGACCCAAGAUGUUCAUAGCAUACGGGUCUCCGAAUGAGCCUUCUCUCGGUUCGACGAAUCUACACGUAGACAUGUCAGAUGCAUGCAACAUUCUGAUGUACGCCUGCUCGGCCAACCGAGACUGCGACCAGACCACAUGCACAGAGGAGAACACACUCCUCAUGAAAGAAGUGGCUGCCUAUGGGGGCGAAGAGGCGCUUAGCCGAAUGAAAAAUGGAGAAAAAGUGGGCGCUGUCUGGAAUAUUUUCAAUACGGACGAUAACGAGAGACUGCGCAAAUUUCUCAGGAACGAAGCUGAGUUGCAGCAUAAGGCGUACAGAUGUGACGAUGACCCCAUUCACGACCAGGACAUCUUCCUGGGUCCAGAAAGACUCGGCAGACUAAAACGGGAGGAGGGGGUGGAACCAUACACUCUGGUCCAGUUCCAACACGACGCAGUAUUCAUUCCCGCUGGUGCGCCACACCAGGUUCGCAAUCUGAAUUCGUGCAUUAAAGCCGCAGUCGACUUCGUGUCGCCCGAGAGAGUGAAGUAUUGUCUGCAGACGACAGACGAGUUCCGGAACCUCUCGGAUAGACAUGCGAAUCACGAGGACAAACUGCAGAUCAAGUCUGUCAUCUACCACGCAGUCAAGGACUGUUUGUCAGUGCUGAAAAACACGCCGAUCACGUGACCGAAACCAAGUGACAGACACAAGUCACGUGACACAAAUCACGUGAGGCUAAUGAUAAUAUCAACACCCGCGACAGCUUAAAAUAAUGACAACGAAAGUAUAUGCCUUGACUUGAAAACUAUCCAAAGACAGACUCUUAUUACAGUUGACUUGUUUUCUAGCUCCAGUUAUCAUUCAAAAAUAUCAACAAAAACCGAUCUAAAUAUCUCCAAAUGUCAACAAAAGCGAAUAAAGAGUAGCAAUUUUUACCAAAAAAAUAAAAAUUUUGAAAAUUUCAAUUAAGUGUACUCCGGAACUUAGUUUAUGGUUAAAA